CACAUGCUGCGUGUCUUCAUGCAGGACAACAGCCAGGCCCGCAUCGUCUCCAUCAAGCUGUUGGCGGCAAUCCAGUUGUUUGGCGCCAACCUGGAUGACUAUCUGCAUUUGUUGUUGCCUCCUAUUGUGAAGCUUUUUGAUGCCCCUGAAGUUCCACUGCCAUCUCGAAAGGCAGCACUGGAGACAGUGGACCGCCUGACAGAGUCUCUGGACUUCACUGACUAUGCCUCCCGGAUCAUUCACCCAAUUGUUCGGACACUGGACCAGAGCCCAGAACUGCGCUCCACAGCCAUGGACACACUGUCUUCCCUUGUCUUUCAACUGGGAAAGAAGUACCAAAUUUUCAUCCCAAUGGUGAAUAAAGUCCUGGUGCGACACCGGAUCAACCAUCAGCGCUAUGAUGUUCUCAUCUGCAGAAUUGUCAAGGGAUACACCCUUGCUGAUGAAGAAGAGGACCCUUUGAUUUACCAGCAUCGAAUGCUGAGGAGUGGCCAAGGGGAUGCAUUGGCUAGUGGACCAGUAGAAACAGGACCCAUGAAGAAACUGCACGUCAGCACUAUCAACCUCCAAAAGGCCUGGGGAGCUGCCAGGAGGGUCUCCAAAGAUGACUGGCUGGAAUGGCUGAGACGGUUGAGCCUGGAGCUGCUGAAGGACUCCUCAUCACCUUCCCUGCGUUCAUGCUGGGCUCUAGCACAGGCAUACAAUCCAAUGGCCAGGGAUCUUUUCAAUGCUGCAUUUGUGUCCUGUUGGUCUGAGCUGAAUGAAGACCAGCAGGAUGAGCUCAUCAGAAGUAUUGAGUUGGCCCUCACUUCUCAAGACAUCGCUGAAGUCACACAAACUCUCUUAAACUUGGCCGAAUUCAUGGAACACAGUGACAAGGGCCCCCUGCCACUGAGAGAUGACAAUGGCAUUGUUCUACUGGGUGAGAGAGCUGCCAAGUGCCGAGCUUAUGCCAAAGCAUUACACUACAAAGAACUGGAGUUCCAGAAAGGUCCCACCCCUGCCAUACUCGAGUCCCUCAUCAGCAUUAACAAUAAGCUACAGCAGCCUGAGGCAGCAGCCGGUGUGUUAGAAUAUGCCAUGAAACACUUUGGAGAGCUGGAGAUCCAGGCCACUUGGUAUGAGAAGCUACAUGAGUGGGAGGAUGCUCUUGUUGCCUAUGAUAAAAAGAUGGACACCAACAAGGAUGAUCCGGAACUGAUGCUGGGCCGUAUGCGCUGCCUUGAGGCCUUGGGGGAAUGGGGGCAGCUCCACCAGCAGUGCUGUGAAAAGUGGACCCUGGUUAAUGAUGAGACCCAAGCCAAGAUGGCCCGGAUGGCUGCUGCAGCGGCGUGGGGUUUAGGUCAGUGGGAUAGCAUGGAAGAGUACACCUGUAUGAUACCACGGGACACCCAUGAUGGUGCAUUUUAUAGAGCUGUGCUGGCAUUACAUCAGGACCUCUUCUCCUUGGCACAACAGUGCAUCGACAAGGCCAGGGACUUGCUGGAUGCUGAGUUAACUGCAAUGGCAGGAGAGAGCUACAGUCGGGCAUAUGGGGCCAUGGUUUCUUGCCACAUGCUGUCUGAGCUGGAGGAGGUGAUCCAGUACAAACUUGUCCCUGAGCGACGAGAGAUCAUCCGGCAGAUCUGGUGGGAGAGACUGCAGGGCUGCCAGCGUAUCGUGGAGGACUGGCAGAAAAUCCUCAUGGUGCGGUCCCUUGUGGUCAACCCUCAUGAGGACAUGAGAACCUGGCUCAAAUACGCAAGCCUCUGUGGCAAGAGCGGCAGGCUGGCUCUUGCUCAUAAAACCUUAGUGUUGCUCCUGGGAGUUGAUCCAUCUCGACAACUUGACCAUCCUUUGCCAACAGUUCACCCUCAGGUGACCUAUGCCUACAUGAAAAAUAUGUGGAAGAGUGCUCGCAAGAUCGAUGCCUUCCAACACAUGCAGCACUUUGUUCAGACUAUGCAGCAGCAAGCCCAGCAUGCCAUCGCUACUGAGGACCAGCAGCACAAGCAGGAGCUGCACAAGCUCAUGGCCCGAUGUUUUCUGAAACUUGGGGAGUGGCAGCUGAACCUCCAGGGCAUCAAUGAGAGCACUAUCCCCAAAGUACUGCAGUACUACAGUGCCGCCACAGAGCAUGACCGCAGCUGGUACAAGGCCUGGCAUGCAUGGGCAGUGAUGAACUUUGAAGCUGUGCUACACUACAAACAUCAGAACCAAGCCCGUGAUGAGAAGAAGAAACUACGGCAUGCCAGCGGUGCCAACAUCACCAACACCACCGCUGCCGCCACUACAGCAUCCACUGCUGCCACCACUGCCAGCACAGAGGGCAGCAACAGUGAGAGUGAGGCUGAGAGCACUGAAAACAGCCCCACCCCGUCUCCUCUGCAGAAGAAGGUCACUGAGGAUUUGUCCAAAACCCUCUUGAUGUACACCGUCCCUGCUGUCCAGGGCUUCUUCCGUUCUAUCUCCUUGUCACGAGGCAACAACCUUCAGGAUACACUCAGAGUCCUCACCUUGUGGUUUGAUUAUGGUCACUGGCCAGACGUCAAUGAAGCCCUAGUGGAAGGGGUGAAAGCUAUCCAGAUUGACACUUGGUUACAGGUUAUACCUCAGCUUAUUGCAAGAAUUGAUACACCCAGACCCUUGGUGGGGCGGCUAAUUCACCAGCUUCUUACAGACAUUGGUCGGUACCACCCCCAGGCCCUCAUCUACCCCCUGACAGUGGCUUCCAAGUCUACUACAACAGCCCGGCACAAUGCAGCUAACAAGAUUCUGAAGAACAUGUGUGAGCACAGUAACACCCUGGUUCAACAGGCCAUGAUGGUAAGUGAGGAGCUGAUUCGAGUGGCCAUCCUCUGGCAUGAGAUGUGGCAUGAAGGCCUGGAAGAGGCGUCUCGUCUGUACUUUGGGGAAAGGAAUGUGAAAGGCAUGUUUGAGGUGCUGGAGCCCCUGCAUGCUAUGAUGGAGCGGGGCCCUCAGACACUGAAGGAGACAUCCUUUAAUCAGGCAUAUGGUCGAGAUUUAAUGGAGGCUCAAGAGUGGUGCAGGAAGUACAUGAAAUCAGGGAAUGUCAAGGACCUCACCCAAGCCUGGGACCUCUAUUAUCAUGUGUUCAGACGGAUCUCCAAGCAGCUGCCCCAGCUUACAUCCUUAGAGCUGCAGUAUGUUUCCCCGAAACUUCUGAUGUGCCGGGACCUUGAAUUAGCUGUGCCAGGAACGUAUGACCCCAACCAGCCAGUCAUUCGCAUUCAGUCCAUAGCCCCGUCUUUGCAAGUCAUCACGUCCAAGCAGAGGCCCCGGAAGUUGACCCUCAUGGGCAGCAAUGGGCAUGAAUUUGUUUUCCUGCUGAAAGGCCAUGAAGAUCUGCGGCAGGAUGAGCGAGUGAUGCAGCUCUUCGGCCUAGUCAACACCCUUCUGGCCAAUGACCCAACAUCUCUUCGGAAAAACCUCAGCAUCCAGAGGUACGCCGUCAUCCCUUUGUCCACUAACUCAGGCCUCAUUGGCUGGGUGCCACACUGUGACACACUGCACGCCCUCAUCCGGGACUACAGGGAGAAGAAGAAGAUCCUCCUCAACAUCGAGCACCGCAUCAUGCUGCGGAUGGCUCCAGACUAUGACCAUUUGACCCUGAUGCAGAAGGUAGAAGUGUUUGAACAUGCUGUCAACAAUACAGCUGGAGACGAUCUUGCCAAGCUACUAUGGCUUAAAAGCCCCAGCUCUGAGGUAUGGUUUGACCGAAGAACCAAUUACACCCGCUCUUUAGCGGUCAUGUCAAUGGUUGGAUAUAUUUUGGGUCUAGGAGACAGACACCCAUCCAACCUGAUGCUGGACCGUUUGAGUGGGAAGAUCCUGCACAUCGACUUUGGGGACUGCUUUGAGGUUGCUAUGACCAGAGAGAAAUUUCCAGAGAAGAUUCCAUUCAGACUAACAAGAAUGUUGACCAAUGCUAUGGAGGUUACGGGUCUGGAUGGCAACUACAGAAUCACUUGCCACACAGUGAUGGAAGUGCUUCGGGAGCACAAAGACAGUGUCAUGGCUGUGCUGGAAGCCUUUGUCUAUGACCCCUUGCUGAACUGGAGAUUAAUGGACACGAAUACCAAAGGCAACAAGCGAUCCAGAACGAGAACAGAUUCCUACUCUGCGGGCCAGUCAGUAGAAAUUUUAGACAGUGUGGAACUUGGAGAACCAGCACAUAAGAAAACGGGGACCACAGUGCCAGAAUCUAUUCAUUCUUUCAUUGGAGAUGGUUUGGUGAAACCAGAAGCCCUAAAUAAGAAAGCCAUUCAGAUUAUUAACAGGGUUCGAGACAAGCUCACUGGUCGAGACUUCUCUCAUGAUGAUACCUUGGACGUUCCAACGCAAGUGGAGCUGCUCAUCAAACAAGCAACAUCCCACGAAAACCUCUGCCAAUGCUACAUUGGCUGGUGUCCCUUCUGGUAACAGGAGCCCCAGCAUGCCACAGCAUCUCCUCUGAAGCUUUUGUAUUUUGGUCUGUGCUUCCACUAAACUGAAACCAUGGUCAGAAAGUUCGACUUUGUUAAAUAUUUUUAAAUGUAAAUGAAAAGAACUACUGUAUACUCAAAGUUGGUUUGAACCAGCUUUCUAGCUGCUGUUGAAGAAAAUAGUGUCAGAAACACAGGCUUGAUUUGGUUCCCAGGACAGUGAAACACAGGAAUACUACAUAAAUCAAGUGGUUGAUUUUGGGGAACAGACGAUCCAUAACUUAGAAAUACGGGUGUUGACUUAACUCACAAGAGAACUUAUCAUAAGCACUUGCUGACAAAAGACUGGCCUAGUCCUCCCUUUCAACAUGGGCACAGCAGACUCAGCACAGUGAAGAAGGCUCAGGUUGGGAAAGACAUGGGUCAGGACUACAAAGAAGCAGAAGCAGCCUUCACCCCUCAGCCUAUUCUGUUACCUCACUGGUCCCUGGACAACAGCAGAAGCAUUUGCAGGAUGGGACAAAACGGGUGAAAAUUGUCUUCUGUCUGACCCAGUGAUGCUGCAACUCACCCUUCAACCCAGGACUUGACCCACCAGAAGGGCAGUGUUGAGAAACCUGGCAGCCCAGGGGCCAGUGCUGGCCUUCCUGUGUUAAGUAAGGGCCGAAUGCAUUGUGCUUGGAGCAGGAGCUCGGAACACAAAUUCUAUCGUGGAGGUGCUGAGCACAAAGGGGGCAGGCUCGAGAAAAAGUAAAUGCUCAACUAAAUGCACAAAGUAUAAAGUGUAGCCAUGUCUAGACACCAUGUUGUAUCUGAAUGAUUUUUGUGCCAAUA